AUGGAGCGACGCUGGCAACUGGGAUACGAACACUGGCGACUUCGCUGCGAGAAAUUCAAGGAGCUGGAAGAGAACCAGACCUCACCAAUCAGCACUCGAAUCGCUGGCGGGGAACUGGCCACGCGCGGCAUGUUUCCACAUCAAGUGGCUCUGGUGAUUCAGCAGAGUGGCGGAGCACUCAUCCAAUGUGGUGGCUCCCUCAUCACGACUCAGUAUAUCCUGACGGCAGCCCACUGUUUGGGGGAUGCCAUUGGGGCCAGGAUUUAUUCGGGUGCCACUAGGUUUGCUGAUACCGAAGAUGCAGCCGAAGAGUUUGUGGUCAGCCACAGGGAUUUUGAAAUCUACCCAGGAUACCUGGGCUUUGGGGGCUACAAUGAUUUGGCCUUAAUAAGACUGCCUAGGAAGGCCUUAACCUCUGAUCGGGUUCGACCCAUAGAGCUGGCCGGGGAAUUUAUGUCGCAAAAGUUUCUGGACAGCCAGCCGGUGACUCUUACGGGUUGGGGUAGUCUGGGAGAUUCUCCAGAUGCAGAUGCUCCGCGAGAGGACACCCCUCUUCUCCACUUCCUGGACGUGGAGGUGCUCGAUCAGGAGCGCUGCCUGUGCUAUUUCUUGCCAGGAUUGGUCAGUCAAAGGCGACACCUCUGCACAGAUGGAAAGUACAAUCGUGGUGCCUGCAAUGGUGACUCUGGCGGACCACUGGUCUUCCAGUGGCGCAAUGUGAGCUACCUAAUUGGGGUCACCUCGUUCGGCAGUGCCGGUGGCUGUGAGCUGGGGGCGCCCACUGUCUACGCCAGGAUAACCGCAUAUUUGCCAUGGAUCCGGCAGCAGACCAACGACCAACUAAAUGCAAUUAACGCCUAA